AUUUUAGCUUUAAAAAGCGCUGACGCAUUGAUAGGCUCAAUUUUAAACGCUAUAACUAUCAAACGUUUACUCGUACCUCAGUGUUUGGAGACCGAGGUCGAAGUAACCGGAAUUUCGUACAACUUGUGGAAAGAUGCUGAAUUGUUCGACGCAGUAUGAGAUGCCGAACGCAGGUUUCUCGUUUGAUAACUCGCGCAGAAAUGCGGUCUUGGAGGAGGGCUUGUCUGAGAAGGGGUACAGUGCUCCCAAGGCCCGCAAGACUGGCACCACUAUAGCUGGGAUAAUAUUCAAGGAUGGGGUGAUUCUUGGGGCUGACACCAGGGCCACAGAUGACAUGGUUGUGGCUGAUAAAAACUGCAUGAAGAUUCAUUACAUUGCACCCAACAUAUACUGCUGCGGAGCAGGCGUGGCUGCAGAUGCUGAGAUCACCACACAGAUGAUGUCAUCAAACAUAGAACUUCAUUCUCUCAGCACAGGACGCCCUCCUCUUGUUGUCACGGUGACCCGACAGCUUAAACAGAUGCUAUUCAGGUACCAGGGCCACAUCGGAUGUUCUGUUAUUGUAGGAGGCGUGGAUGUUAACGGUCCCCAGUUAUACAGCGUCUUCCCACAUGGCUCUUAUGACAAACUGCCCUUCCUCACCAUGGGUUCAGGAGCAGCAGCAGCAAUUUCUGUAUUUGAGGACCGAUACAAAGCAAACAUGGAGCUGGAGGAGGCGAAGCAGCUGGUACGUGAUGCUAUAGCUGCGGGGAUCUUCUGUGAUCUGGGCUCCGGCAGCAAUGUGGACCUAUGUGUGAUCACUGAGAAAGGGGCAGAGUAUCUCCGUGCUUACGAUGAACCCGCAAAGAAGGGGCAAAGAGGGGGCAAGUAUACAUACAAGCCUGGCACAACGCCGGUGCUCGCGAAAACGGUCACCCCACUAACGCUGGACAUCGUGGAAGAAUCUGUUCAGGCAAUGGACACCCAGUGAAACUUGUGGUUUUUGUUCUUGUUUUUUGUUUUUUUGUUUUUUUUUAACUUUUUAAAACUUUUUUAAACUAUUGUUUAAGGAUCUACAUCUUAAAGCUGGACAUGAAAAUAUCUGGAUUGUUGUUUUAUUUGUGUACCAACUAAUUUUAAUACAGUCCCUAUUAAACGUA